AUUUAGACCACUUCCUGCUCCGAAAGGCUUACAUUUAUCGCGAUAGAUUCAAUUUCGUACGUGGAGACGACGGCCUUGUCUUGGAAUGAAACACAAUCGCUUUAUCUAUCAAGAGUGAAAUAUAUAUUCGUCUGCCACUUUCGGAAAAUAUCAGAUCGAUGGGCUUUCUCUGAAACUGUAGCUAUAAUGGUCCAUGACAGGAGUGAGUAAGCUCAUGAGGAUGAGAAGAGCACAGGUGCAGCAGCAGCGUUCAAGGCUGUGAGCUCAGUGACUCUCUCUGUGGGCUCAGGAUGGCGCAGGGAGGCCCUCAGUUAGACUAUCACAUCCUGCAGGACCUCAAGCAGCGCUUCCCCGAGAUCCCAGAGGGAGUAGUGUCCCAGUGCCUUCUGCAGAACAACAAUAACCUGGAUAUAUGCUGUCACCUGCUGGCUCAGGAGAGUAACAGAUACCUCUAUGGGGAGUACCAAAGUCCGGAGGAGGCCCGCCUGAGCCGGAACCACAUGCUGCACAUCCAGCUCGGGGGCUACCCCCCCUCGGAGGUGGGCAAGGAAAGCGGAGGCGGGCGCUCCCUGGUGCACAGCUCCAGUGACGGUUCCAUGGAGCCCCAGCGCGUCGGCUUCACGGAGCCCCUCUCGGCCCCCGCCACCAUAGCCCCCUCGCUGGGGUACACCCCCUUCUUCAUGAAUGACCACGGGGGGCGCACGGCCAGCACCCCCACUCCGCCUCCCGUGCAGGGAAGGUCCCCUACCUACUCGCCUGUUCCUCGCUACACCAUGAACCCUAUCACUGUCACUCUGUCCCAGAACCUGCCCAACGCCCCCCAGGCCCUGCAGAUCCCUGCCGGUCACUAUGGCAACAGUGGCGGUAAUGCCCUCUACAUCCGGCCCUCCCAGAGCCCACAGCCCUCCCCCUGGCCCUCGUCUGGGCAGUCCGGGCAGCCUGUGUAUCAGCCCUCGCCCUACACCACUCCCACCUACCAGUCCCCGUAUAGCUCGCCCCAACAUCAGGUGCAGCCCCAACAUCAGGUGCAGCCCCAACAUCAGGUGCAGCCCCAACAUCAGGUGCAGCCCCAACAUCAGGUGCAGCCCCAACAGCAGGUGCAGCCCCAACAGCAGGUGCAGCACCAACCCCACCAACCCCAGCACCAGCAGACCCAUGUCUUCCUGCCCAUCAGCCCUCCCACCUUGGCCAGCAUGCCCUACCACCACCAGCAGCAACAGCAGCAGCAGCCCAUCUACCGGCCGUACCUGCCCAAGAGCUCCCUGAAGAACCAGAUUGAGAUCACCCUGGAGGGCCCGCGGCCCCGCAGCAACUCCCCCGUGCACUGCCCCCCGGGACAGACUCUCUACAUGGCUACCAGCCCCUCGCCCAGCUCACCCCAGCGGGGCCUCAGCCUGAGCGGGGGGAGCUCUGCCACCUUCCACCCCGGGGUAUACCUGCACCAGUGCCCCGCGCGGCCUCGUCCCACUUCCUCACCCCAGCCAGGCAGCCAGGCGGGCUACACCUUUAAGAUCAAAGUGUCCCCAGGCCAGGCCCAGCAGCAGAGGCCGCUCUCAGGUUCCCCUCCAGUGGCCUCCUCUCCUGAAUCUCUGCUCAACAUGGUGGACCAGGGGGAGCAUCACGCGCUGGCCCCGGCACCCAUCCUGCCCAUCUCAGCCCUGCCCGGUAACAUCGUCAGCCACAUCGCCAACCGCAUGCCGCGCCGCUCCAGCUCGGGCUCCGACGACUACGCUUACACCCAGGCUCUCCUGCUGCACCAGAGGGCCCGGAUGGAGCGUCUGCUGAAGGAGCUGCUGAUGGAGAGGCAGAAGCUGGAGCAGCUGAAGGCAGACGUCAACGACAUGGAGUACGACGCUCUCCAGAGACGCUUCAGGCGAGUCAACAGCACCAGCCUCAUCCCCCGGCCUGAAGAGAUGACCCGGUUACGCAGUCUGAACAGACAGCUACAAAUAGAUGUUGACUGUACCCUGAAGGAGACGGACCUUCUGCAGUCUCUAGGGAAGUUUGAUCCGCAAGCCGAGAACAACUUUUAUAAGAACAUUCAGACCGGUCCGGUGGUACCGCCCAAGCCAGGAAGAAAAGAGACUCCCUGUGUGGACAUUCUCCAAAUGUUUUUGAAAGCAUUUCCUUCUCAGACAGGUCUUAAAAUGGUGCCGUGUGUUUGUAUGAUUGGUGUGUGUGUGUGUGUGGUGUAAUGACAUUAAUUUAAUUUCGUGCUUGAUAUUGUAAUUUUGGGUUAACUCACCUUAUUCGCCACUAAAUAGUCUCACCGUCGUUGGUGAUAUACGACAGCCAUUUUGCACCAGAAGGCUCACCACUACCACACUAGCUAUAGCAGUGGAAGGAUUGUGGCAAUUUGAUCCUGUAUAUGACAGUAGUAUGAUAAAGGAGCAGGUUAUGCAUCUAGCCAUGACACCAGUGUGGUCGACACCCCUGCGCUUGCCAUGAAUGCCGAUGGGAUCCUUGCUGAACACUGAGUUAGGCCCUCUGUUAACAUCCCAUUGGAAGGACUUUAAAAAAAAUGUUCCUCCCCUGUUAUGUUUGGUACUGUGAUGAUGAACCGGUCACGCCAGUUUUGCAGAGGGCGAGACCCGCCUCUUCAUUUAGAUGAAACCAGUGGGUGAGCAGUGCGGUUUCGUGUGAGGUUCGCGCUGCUCAGAAUAAAAUUACGCUGGUUCAGUUGACAAGAUUCUGUUGCGCGUUCUCAUGCCCGAGAACACUUGAUAAAGUGGCUUGUUGUCUUCUCCUGCCGGCAAAAUGCGGUGUAGCGUCUAUAAAAUAAAAAAACUGUUUUCCUAACGCCCCAGUUUACCUCAUCUGUAAGACUUAUGGUAUCUGCUGUGUUUGUUGGUGCGAUACUAAGUAGAGCUGGGAAUCGCCAAGGACCUCACGAGACAAUAUUAUCACCAUAUUUAGGUGCCGAUGCGAUAUGUAUUACGAUUCUUACAAUUCUAUAUGUAUUGCAAUUUAAUAUUCUAAGCAUAUUGCUGAGAAAACAACAUGUUUUGGUUAAGGAAAUUAAAGUGCUGAAAACAUGCUUGCUCACGAUUGAGAACAAGCUAUAGGAUGAAACAUACAGGAGUUUUGGGGGCAGGAACAGCUGAAGUACUGAAGUAGAAAAAAAGAGAAGUGUGUAUAUUUAUAUAUAUUUAUAUUUAUUUGGAGUCGAGUAUCUAUAUAUUAUCGUCCCAAAAUAAUAUUGCAGUAUGUACAGUGAAAAAAUGUUUACCGCAAUGUGUAAAGUGUUUCAUGAGCUGAGCUAAAAAAAUAAAUAUCUCGACAUUUUC